AUGCAGCGAUCCGGCGCAACACCCGCGACUGCCAAUGCACCCUUCUUCUCGACGUCCUUCUUUUCUUCCUCCUCAAAGUCCCGUCCUGGCACCUCCUCAGGAGAGCAACAACCGCCACAGCAAUCGCAGUCGCAACCACCUCCGCAGCCCUCGCCCUUCUUCCCGCCGCCUCUACAGUAUCCCGCCGGCCCCAACGUCUUGACCAAAGACCGCAAGAGCUCCUUUGGCCGCAAGCCCUCCUUCAGCUCCCCCUCCAAAUCCUCGAAGCGACGCGCCAACAGCUCCAGCUCCGGUGGAGGAGGCAAUGUCGUAGUCACCGACCGAAACGUACCUCCCGCCCUUCCCGACUUUGCCCUCGCCGCCGCUGCGAAGAUCACUCGCGACGCCGACAAUAUCCAAAGCCCCGCCUCCGCCGACAGCUUCUCCAAGAUGCUCAGCCGCUCGCACACCGGCUCGACGAGCCUCGCCCCCGACAGGCUACAGCCUCCGCCGGCCUCGGCGACGCAUCCCAACAUGUGGCAGUCGAGCGAGUCUGUCGUGCUGCACAUGCAGAUGCAGGAGAUUGCCAACAAGAGGAUAUCCACCUUGGACUACAUCCGCAAGGCCCACGAGGGCCGCGUGUACUGGUUUAACACUAUCCUCUUUGACAAGCCCGACCUCCAGCGAAUGCCAUCCUUUGACCAACGGAAACUCGCCCGCCGCGCCACAAACUACCUCCUCCUCGGUCUCUCCCUCCCCACCAUCGUCGACCUGUACGCCAACACACCCAUCGAAUUCCUCCGCAGUCUCAACAACCUAUUACAAGAGUUCGAAUCCUUUCAACAGCUUCACGGCGAGGGCGGCAGCUCCACGAGCUCACUGUCGCGUGCGCGCCUGCCGCAGAUGUUCCGUCGCCAGGGCGGCAAGUCACGGCGCAGCGCGAGCGGCGCCAACGACAUCGGCUACCCGGGCGACGACGGCAGCUCCGGAGGCAUCGGAUCCUCGUCGAGCGCGAGCGCGAGCGUCAUGUCAUUCGCGUCCAGCGACAACGACCUGCUCCCCGGCGAGGUCUACACACACCUCCUCACGCCGUCUCUUCCCUUCGAGCCGGACUUUUUCGAGACCUUUGCGACGCUGUGCGAGGUGCUCAUCGACGUGUACACAAAGGUGCUGACGCUGGUGCCCACACCGAGUCAGACGACGGCCCCCGUGGCGGAGCUGUUCGCAAAGGCGGACGCCAAGGUGCGCAAGAUCAUUGUGCAGGGCGUCGUCAAGGAGUUCGAGGACAGCAGCAGGGCGCACAUCAAGACGGAAGUUGCUAAUAUCGGCAAGGUUGUGCUUGGUGGACUAAUGUGA